CUAGACUUCCUUUCUCCUCAUCAACCCAUUGCUAAACUCUAAUGCCUAACCCAGACCCAGCCGGAGAUUUCGCACGAUUUCCUACUGGUUACAUCCUGGAUCGCAGCCACCUAGCAGCAUGUCGCCUGAACCUCCAACACUUCCUCUGGGGAGAGACAUUCCGGUUCACAAUACACCCUUCGAUCACACUCCCAGCAAAGCCAGCUAUCGCUGACGUGGCCUGCGGGACCGGACUCUGGCUCAUAGACGCUGCGGCGCAGCAUCCGGAAGCCCGGCUCCACGGCUUCGACAUCGACCUAUCGCAAGCGCCGCACCCAUCAUGGCUGCCUCCAAACGUGAAGCUGAGCGAGUGGAACAUCUUCGACGACAUUCCGGAUGAAUGGAUCGGGAAAUUCGAUCUCGUCCACGUCCGCCUUCUCCUUCUUGUCUUCUCCGGCAUCGACCCGAAACCCUUUAUCGAAAAGCUGUAUCGACUUUUACGUCCGGGCGGAUACCUCCAGUGGGACGAGCUCGACUGCGUCAACAUGCACGUCCGUAAAAUCGACCGUAACAUCGCCGCUCCUGCGCUCGAAGGACUCCGGACCAUGUGCUAUGCAGAGGGGCGUCAUGAUUGGGUACUUCAGCUUCGGGACAUGCUUUCAUCGGCCGGGUUCGAAGCAGCAGCGCUCGAAAAGUACGGCGACAAUCCGACUCUGGCGCGCGCAUAUAACGACCUGCAUCUUCACACGAUGGAGGAAAUUGCGACGCGAUUACUGCAGAUGAGGAAAGAGGAUGAGGCGGCGCAUGUGUUUGGUUUGAUUAGGGAGGGCUAUGGUGAGGCUGUAAAUGGGGCGGCGUUGUGCCUCCCUCGAAUCGUCUGUGUGGCACGGAAACCGAGUUGAAGAGCGAGAGGUGUGGCGUAAUACGAAGGUUUUCUAUCAGCGUGUUGUGGAACUUGACUUGCUCUUCCGAAAUGCGCCGCCAUCCGGUGCGAUGGUCGUCUGGGAGUGUGUUAUAGUUCGACUCGAAUGCUACCCAGCGAUCCACGCUGUCGUCUAUUACUUGCAUAGUGCUGACAUGUGCUAUCCUCUUCAAUCUGCGGGAAUGGAUUAUGGCAGCCCGAGGCGCACUUAUAGUAGUUACCCAGAUAGUGGGAAUGUG